AUGACUAAUCAAUUUGAUUUUGUCAAGAAUUUUGAUGCAGAGAAUGAUAAAUCUCGCGAUUUUCUGCUAACUCCAAAAACUAACGAUAUUCCGGUAAUUAAAAAUAUACGAUCAUCAUCAAACCAACCACUGUCACAGUCAUCACAGCGGCGUGAAAGACCAGGAUUGCACCUUAAAUACCCACUGAUUGUUAGUGAAUUAGAAAGAUUUUUAAAUUUACAUGCUGGUGGUGCACAAGAAAGACGAAGAACAGAUGCCGUGCAUUAUAAUGGUAUAACAACAUCACAAAUGAGAGAUCAUCAUCUAGAUAUUAUAAAAAUGUUAUCAAUUCCAGCUAAACGAAAUGAUAAGAAUUGCAAAAUAUUAGAUGAUUCGCAUUUUGCUUCAGCACAAGUAAAAUAUGGUUAUGAAUUAGCAUCGUUAUAUCCACAAGAAAUUAUCAGUUUAUCAUGUGAUAAUAAAUGUAAAAUUCCAAUUGGUAGUUUAGCCGUCAGUCGUUAUCUUUUCAUAUAG